AUGUUAUGCAUAUUUUUGUUGCAAUUAGUUGUAGGACUCGGGGAGCGUCCAUAAAAUAUUGUUGAUUUGUCUAAGAUUCUGUAUGGGUAUGAAUACAAGGGAUUGUGGACAUCAACGAAAAAGGAAGAAUAAUUCCAAUACUUGACAGUUGAAUAGGGAGAUGCUUAUAUGAUAUUCUUGCCAAAUAGCUCACAACAAAAUAGUGAUGAUCUCAUCGACAGAUUCGAGUUUUAGUUGUUGAAUCCCAAAUAUCAAGAAUAGAGACAGGUAUUCGGCAUAUUUAAAUUGACCAAUUACACAGAGAGCGAUAUGUAAAGAGUGAUUUAAUGUUAGUUCAUUCGAGAACAUCAGUGUCUUGAACUAUUCUGCGGCCUACAAAUUCAGGAGAACCCAUUAUUCGAGAGAGAAAUGUGAAAUAGCAUAUACUGUCAAUAUCGAAUUUGAAGGUGAAAACUACGAUAAGGAACAUGCUAAGAUCAAAGCUCAUUUGCAAACUUAUAAUAAAUCAUUGGAUUCAAGUUGCGACGUUGAUAUUGAACUGGAUCUGACUCUAGACACCACAAACUAUUUAUUAAGGAUUAUUAUGUAUUGUGCAAUGUCAGUGAUGAUAUGCUUUACUUAAUUCUUGUUCGUCACAAAACUCUGCAAAGCUUUAAUUGAGAAUGUGGAAGACUCGAACAAAGUAAAACCUAUCAAAUUAAUGUUAGAUCUCCUUUUUUGCAGUUGGCUUUUUGACUGUUCAAGAUUCCUACAUCUGUCUUCAAAAUCUCUAUAAAGCAUUAAUUAAUUAUGUAAAAUAUGUAAUCAACCCUAGCAAUACUUCUAAUACUUCAUCUUACCUGCUUUCUUUUACUUCUUAUUGGCAACCACCUGUGACAUGAAGUUGAUUUGGAUAGUAUGGAGAAGCCGACACUUAGAAGACCUGUUCGACCAACAACGAAUGAGAAGAGCAAUCACCUACUUUUUUGUUUAAUUCUGUAAGCCACUCUAAAUUAAAUUAGAUUUCAGUCUCAUCAUCUAUUUUGUAUUGAUGUACUUCCUUUCCAAUUACAAUUGGUUCAUCUGUUUAACUGGCUUAAUUCUACUCCCACAAAUUAUCCAUAAUAUUCGUCUUGGUAACAACCCUAAAUUCAUCUCUUAUUUUGUUUUUGGUAUCUUGGUUCCAAGUAUGUUCUACUAAGUAUAUUAUUAUCAUAUUUUAGAUCUACAACAGAGGAUGUCCAAGUAACUUGUAUGGCCUUGAACCCUCCUUAGCUUUUUGCAUGAUCUAUUUGAGUGAGUACCUACUCCAAAUUAUUGUCCUUUACAUCCAAUUCAAAUUGGGUCCAAGAUCAUUCAUCCCUAAAUGUUUCCUGCCAAAACAAUACAAUUAUUACAGAUAACUGAAUAUAUAAGAUGAGCAUGUACCAAUCAUUUUCUCAUUUCCCUAGGAAGAAUGCGCAAUCUGUUUGACCUCCUUAAUGGAAGACCCCUUUACUGCAGAAGUCCCCACUGAAAAACUGAUACUCAAACAAGCCAUGCAAACCCCUUGUAAUCAUUGGUUCCAUCCCUCUUGUCUUCGUAGUUGGAUCGACAUCAAAAUGCAGUGUCCCACUUGCCGUUCAGAAUUACCACCUCUAUUAGAAUGA